AACCAUUAUGGGCGCGGAGGUGGGAGCGGGGUGAUUGUGGCGCCGUCCUGUCCCGCCACAAAGGGCUGGAAACCUCCGGAGGAGGCACCGGGGAUCUUCCUACGCGGCUGCCGAUGGAGCCCGAGUCGCCGCCCCGGGAUCUGGAGCUGUCGGCGCUGGAGGCCGAGAAGGAGCCGAUGGCGGCGGCCGAGGCGGAGCCGCAGCGGCCCCGUCCCCACCGCGACCCCAUCCCGCCCCCGGAAUCGCAGCCGGGCAGCGAGAAGAACGGGCUGGUGAUGAAAAUCCCCCCCGAAGAAGAGGAAGAAGCGGCUUUAGGGGGAGCCGAAGCUUCGGGGAGCCCCAAAUUCACGGGCUUGGGCAAAGAGGAGCUGCUGAGGGAGGCCGGGACGGCGCCCUGGGCCCGGGCCCGGAUGGUUCUGCUCGUGCUGUUUUGGCUGGGCUGGCUCGGGAUGUUGGGAGCCGCUGCUGCCAUCGUGGCCCAGGCCCCUCGCUGCCAGCCCCUGCCCUCCAAAGCCUGGUGGGAGCUCGGGGCGCUCUACAGAGCACCCCCAAAAGCCUUCGGGGGGAACCUGAAAGGUGUGGAGAAACGUUUGGGGUACCUGAGGGACAAGCUGCAGAUGGGGGGGGUGGUGCUGGGUCCCCUGUACCCCCCAAAAGCUCCAGGAGCCAAAAUCCCCGCGCUGAAGGAGCUGGACCCAGCCCUGGGCACCAUGCAGGACUUCUCUGCCCUCCUGGAGGAGGCCAAGAGCGAAGCACUGAAGGUGAUCGUGGACCUGACCCCGAACCCCUCCGAGGAUCGAGUCUGGGGGGCUGCGGCCAACGACAAGGACGUGCACCAGCAGGUCCAGGCUGCCCUGAGCCAUUGGCUGAAGGAGGACAUUGCUGGAAUCUUCCUGGACGGCAUCGAGGAGCUGCCGCCCGAUGUGGUGGCCCAGUGGAGGAACCUGACGGAGCAUCAGCCCAGCCCCAGCGGCGUGGCCAGGGUGCUGGUGGGGGGCACGCGGCUGGAGGAGCCCUGGAAGGUUCCGCGGGACCCCCAGGGGCCGCAGCUGCUGGUGGGGCCCUUCCUGAGACUCCUGGAGCCCAAACCCGAGGCCGAAUCCCCCGAAGGAGCCAUCAGGGACCUCCUCAGCUUCCUCAACUCCCCCAACUCCUCCUCCGUGGGGCUGGGCUGGAGCGUGGGGUCCCCAUGGGAGACCUGGGUGAGCCCCAAACUGCGGCUGCAGCAGCUGCUGCUGGUCUGGGGGCUCCCCGGGACCCCCGUGCUGAGCUACGGGGACGAGCUGCUGCUGCAGAGGCGCCCCAUCAACGAGGAGCUGGAGCCGAUGCCGUGGGAAAUCGCCGAGGGAAUCAAAAACGGCGAGAACGACACCGAGCCCCUCGCUGCUCUGGAGCUGUGCCAGGCGCUGUCGUCGCUGCGGCCCCGCGAGCGCUCGCUGCUGCUGGGGGAGGCUCAGGCCGUGAGCGCCGGCGCCGCCAUCGCGGUUCUGCGGCGCUGGGACCAGAGCGAGCGAUUCCUGCUGGUGCUGAACCCUCACGGGACCCAACUCAAACCUUUCUCCAUCAAAAGAGAACCCCAGGACCCCUCCCUGCCCAGCGUGGCCACCCUGCGCUACAGCACCGGCCCCGUGGCCGCCGGCAACCCCGAGCUGCAGCUGGAGACCCUCAGGGUGGGGGGCUACGAGGGGCUCCUGCUCAGCUUCCCCUACGUCCGUCAGUGACCCCCCAAAAACCCCCAAAAACCCCC